AUGUACAAAAGAGACGAGAUCAUCUACGAUCGAGAGCGUCUCGGUACUCGUUCGGAGAAGUUCAAAAAGAAGGAGACCUCAACUUUCAUGGAAAUGAUACGCCUCCCGUCCGAGAGGGAAUUCGAUCGUCUACACCUGACGAAGUGGAAUAUACGUCAGCCUCCGCCCGAAGUCGAAUGGCCCGAGGCCAUCGAAAGUGGGGGCUUAGACAUCAUGAUCUGCCCCGGAGUGGCUUUCACCAGACGAGGUCAUCGUCUAGGACACGGUAUGGGAUACUACGACCGGUACAUCGCUCGCUUAUCGGGAUCUGCGAGAGAGCCCAUGCUCAUCGGAGUCGCUUUCGAUGAGCAGAUCCUGGAAGACAUUCCCUGUGAUGAAACGGACGUUCUCCUCGACAAAGUCAUCACGAGUGAAGCGCCCGAGCGUCAAUAA